AUGCGGCCCAUUUCAGCUCAUGGAGUAUCACUCGUCCUGAAAAUACUGCCCGACCAAGAGGCAGCGAGGCUCCAGGGCACAGGAAAGAUCAUGGCAUUACAAGGGCCCGAGCCCUGAGCCCGACGAGGUUGGAGCCGUGUUCCUCUUCCUUUUCAUCACAUUGACGAUUCUAUUAGUGCUCCCAAUUCAUCCACAUGGCUCCCAUCAGAAACAUGGCGGUAAGUGUCAACAGCGCUGAGGAAGCGGCUCCUCAUCGACGCACCGGAACUUGGGACCAUCUCCCCUGGAAGCAUGUCGCAUGGCGUUUCGUCGCCUCCACGUUGCUCUGCGUCAUCCUCGGCGUUAUUCUCUUCGUUUUCGAGAGGAUGGGAGUUCUCGAAACAUGGGAAAGACGAGGCUUCAACACGCUGUCCAUCCUGCUGUCAUCGCUCGUCAGCUUGUCUUUGGGCUCUCUUCUGGGACUGUUGGGGGGCAUGCUUCGCUGGCCUUUGCUCGAGAGGAGUCCUGCUUCGCCACGAGAUGUCGACUUGAUCCUCGCCAUGGCAGAGCCCACCGGUGCACUCCGUCUUAUGUGGCGCCACACCAGAGACUGGCGAUGGACGUUCACAACAUGGAUUACAACGCUGUACCUGUUAUUAAACAUCAUCGGUCGGCUGAGCAUUGCGACACUUGGUCUGACAUUCGAUACAAAUGAGGAUGUCACCAUCGAAUACUCUGCCAUGGCCACAGACUGGGGCUCUCAGGACUGGUUCAGCUUGCCGGUAGGCGAUCUUGCGGGGGAUGCUUCCGACUACCGCGAAUACGGGAGCACGCAUUCACGCAUGAACGAUUACGCGAUGCGCGGGCUAUUGAUGACCCCCAUCAGCCUCGAUGAGAGCGACCCUUCUUCCGAGCGCGGAUUCGAGCAGAUAGAAGGUUUGACACGGGUCCUCAAUGAGUCUCACGUUGUGUACUCGUACCCCUUUCGUGAAUUCCGUGGCAACGUAUCGUCUCCAUCCGAGACCAUGUUCCUCAGAAGCUCGUCAAGUUGCACACGGAAACGGAUCGAUGGAGCGGACAUCUAUGAAACAAUCGUCACGCAAGGUGAAGAACCGCGAGAAGAAUUGGUGGGAGAUAUCGAUAACAUUCCCCCUGGAAGCCUCAGCAUAGCUGCCAUCUUGGACCAAAUCUUUGACAAUAACAGGGAUGAAACCGACAGCGAGGAAUUUACGUGGGCAGCGGAAAUAGAUUUGACCAGCAUGUCAAAUUCCCCCUCAACAUGUCUCACUACCGCGUUUCUCGCGGAUCAAGAAGAGGUGCCAGACCAACCCGGGCGUUACAGGCUCGUAUACAUGGAGUGCGAAAGCUGCCUCACUGGCCCCGAUCCCGCCACGCGCCCUUCCUUCCACGGCCUCUCGACCGAGAACUCGACCUACGUCUCCAACAUCCUCCUCAUGCUCGGCACCUUCCAAGCCGACUCCGACUUCUUCUCCGAAACACGCAGCACCGCCUUCCGGCUCUACGUCACCGACAGCGGGCUGACCACGCUCCUGACCGACCCGGGCUUCUCCGACGACGACAGCUACAGCCGCCAGGCCAUGGCCCACAUCGCGGCGCGCCUGCCCAUCCUCGCCGUGGUCGGCGCCGACGGCGAGCUGCCCAUGAUGCAGCUGUCCAACGAGUCCUCGACCGUCGUCAUCGUCAACACCAAGCUGGGCGUCAGGUGGGACAGGGCCAUCGGCGUGCUCGGCGGCAUCCUGGGCGGGCAGCUCCUCGUCUCGGUCCUGGUUCUGUAUUGGUGCAAGCAGACGUUUGUUCCCGACUACCGCAGUCAGGUCACGACGGCGGCGCUGCUCAAGACGGUCGUGGUAUCGGACAAGCUGACGGGCGUGGAGAAGAUGUCGGACCUGGCGUCUAUUCUUGAGGAGCACAGGAAGCCGUUGCAGUACCAGCCGAAACGGGAUGCAGACGGACAGUGGUGUGGGGCUGAGUUGACCUGGUCUUCCAAGUAGUUCUGGUGUCAUGGGUGAAGUCUGGCUUGGAGGGUGUGAUAGGGGGCAGCCAAGUGGCAGGAUGCUUACCUAGUGUAUGGAACUUAAUGUGGACGCUAUUGAGGUGACUGGGACUAGACGUUAGGACUUAGGCAGUUUGAAGAGUUUGAACGGUACUUGUUGUACGGUAGUGGCACAUGACAGUCUAAUGUACGCAGUAAUUUGUCUUUGGGUAGCUCUACACAAGCACCCCUGUUGUAUAUCAACGUAUAACUGGGUAUAGAUUACUUCACGCACUC